AUGGGCAUUAGGAAAGGCAGACAGGGGAGCCAUAUCUGCCUUGGAAAUGUGGUGUUGGAGGAAGCUAUUACUUGGGAUAUCAUGAAGAGGGAGCUUGUUCAGAACGCCGAGGAUGCCGGCGCAGAUACUGUCAAAUUCCUGUAUGACGUACGGCACCACGGGAACGAGACGCUGUACCUAGAUUCCCUAGCACCUUACCAAGGUCCAGCCCUCUACUCCUUCAACAAUGCCAAGUUCAAGAAAGCCGACUGGGAUGGGAUCCAGACACCUGCCCGCAGCAAGAAGAAAACGGAUCGCCUGAAGGUUGGACGUUUCGGCAUUGGAUUCAAUUCCGUGUACCACAUAACAGAUUUACCGAGCAUCAUGAGCGACCAAAAGCUGGCAUUCAUUGAUCCAUUAGAGGAACAUUUUUUUGACAAGCGUGGUAGAGUCAAAACUGGAUGGCAAUUUGGUCUCGGAUCCGACAGCGACAUAUUCUCGGAGAACGAAGACCAGUUUCAACCGUACCACAACAUAUUUCCCGGUGUCACAGGAGGAAUUUCGACGGGAUAUUUCGACGGCACGUUGUUUAGAUUUCCUCUGCGGCAUGCCGCAAAUAGUUUAAGUGACAAAAUAUACAGCGAUGAAGGCACAAUAAGCGAGCUCCUCCUGGCUUUUCGAGCCGAUGCUGAUGUUGCUAUGCUGUUUUUGCGCUCUUUGAAUAACAUCGAGGUGUUAAAGAGGCCAUUCGGUCUGCAAGAGCCAUCACUAAUUGUACGAGUUCGAAGGGAACACGAUCCAGAAACACAUCCACCGGGAAAGGAAUUUUCUUCACGUCUAGAAACUUACUGCUCUGACGUCAGUGGGCGCCGAGGGCCGAUCAAGUUGAAUGAUUGUGUGACAUUCACUACCGAAACACUGGAGGCAUCCAAGGCACAACGCUGGAUUGUUAGUCAUCAUAUCGCGGGUGAUAGCAUGUCUCCAGAGCUUUCCGAUUUGGCCAAGAAGCAAAGUCAUCUCCCGUGGGCAGCUGUUGCUGUUCCCGUGAGUUCUUCAGAACCAAGAAAUGUAGCAGGUGAAGCAGAGAAUAACAACAUUGGUAGAGCAUUCUGCUUUCUUCCCCUGCCACCUGGUGAGGAGAGUCGGACGGGUUUACCAGUUCAUGUGCAUGGAUUCUUUGCUGUCAAUAGCGAUCGCCGCGGGAUCAAGUGGCCCGGACCUGACCAAACGGACUCUCCAGCACAAUGGAACCAACUUCUUGUGAGAGAACUUAUUCCACUUGUAUAUGUCGACGCGAUCAAAUACGCCAUUAGUAUUCACACUUCCCAGGACAGCGUGACCGCCCAUUGCAUCUAUCGAUCAUGGCCAGAUCAUGAAGAGGUUCGUGGAAACUGGGACAUUCUCUUGGAACCCUUCUACAACGCUCUCUUCCAUGAAACUAUCAUACAUAGCGACAACAAUGGGUGGAUGAACAUCGCCGACGUCCAUUUCAACGAAUUGAAUGUGGAUGAAGAUAUGGAAAAGGUCAUCCUCAAGUGCUUCAACAUCAAAGGCAUUGCAUACGCAAGGGUUCCCAAUGUGUGCAGACAGGCCAUCAGGAAGUUCUACAAAGAUCAGAUAUCCACUGUUUCUGCUUCCAGCCUUUGCCGUUGCCUCCGUGAAGAUCCUGCGAUUUUGACCAAGCUCAAUGCUGAUGAGAAGCUUCUGGUUCUUGAGUUCAUCUUGCGGGAGGACGCCAGACAAGAUCUGGAAGGAUUAUGUCUUCUUCCUCUCGAUGACGGAAGCUUCCACUUCUUCUCGAGUUCUGAUGAAAAGAAAGUGUACAUACCAACCACCGAGUUCCAUCGACAGCUUAUACCAGGAUUAUAUCAUCAAUUCAUCAGAACGGUACCAGAGGACAAGCCGCUUCAUCAACUCCUGUCCAGUAUCGAUGGGCGUUAUCAGCUAAAAGCAUUAACCCUUGAUGCAGUAGCAAAGCUCUUGAAGACCAGUUUGAAAACUCGGAUAGACGAUCAAGGGACCUGGGUACAAGACACAGAAGAGCCUUCUCUAAAUGCAUGGCUUGAAGAUGUCUGGUCAAUGCUGUACAGAGAGAGUUCAAGUAAGUUACUUCUCUUUGAAGGUAUCCAUCUUGUACCAUUGUUUGAGGCCGAUGGUGAAGCUAGAAGACUACUACCACUGUGCCCAAAGUCGGCAAUUAUCCAGAGAAGUCACCAAACAUCUGACGGUUAUCUCACAUUGACCAAUGAUCUGGCAAACAUUCUCAAACAGAUUGGAGUGACAGUCACAAACUGUCCUGAUUAUGUUCUCCGCCAUCCAGCUAUCAUGCGUGACGAAUAUAUCAAGAUGCCAACAUCAGAAGGGGUAGUUAAAUGCCUUCUGCUUUCAGAUGUUGAACUACUUUUCCAGAGAUUCCAUUCCUUCUCCACCAUCGAUAGAGAGGUUCUCGUAGAAUAUCUUGCACAGGCAAAACUCUCCCAUGAUGGCGCACCAUUUGAUUCACCUCAGUUCAUAGUAGCUUUCAAACAGCUUGGCAUGCGUGGACCAAGUGAAGUUACUUCAUCCGAGUUGAUUACAUGUGUUGAGAUGGUUGAUGAAUCUCAAAGCCCAGAAAAGGCUCGAACGCUACUAGAGCUCCUCACAAGAGGAUGA